AUCAAGUAACCAAAACUUUAGGCCCUAUCCAACUUUUGAUUUUGAUAUUUGCCAAACAAACCCUCAAAAUCUAGUUUUCAAAACACACUAAACCACAUUAUAUACUACUAGCAAAUAGCACUAUCCUUAUCCUCACAAAGUUCAAGAGAAAUAGAAUCCAACAAGAGAAUCACAAAUCCUCUUGUGUUGUUGUAUCCAUCUUCUUUCAAUUAUUUUCACCCAAAAAGCAACCUUUGAUAUUGGCAUCAAAAUCAUGAGUUACCCCCAAAACCCCACACAACCAAAAACCAUGACCACAAAAGGCCUCAAAAUAUGCUUGUUGGUGUCCAUAAUUUUCUUCAUCAUUGUUGCCACUGUCAUAUUGGCACUAGUUUUCACAAUCUUCAAACCCAAGAACCCAGCUGUAAGUAUCUACCCACUAGGACUCAAAGACCUUGAAUUUUUCCAACCCGAUUCAACAAGUGUACCUUUAAACUUGUUAAUCACAAUAGUGAACCCAAACUAUGGAAGCUUCAAGAGCAAAAAUGCCACUGGUUACCUUAACUAUCAAGACACUGUAAUAGCCAAUGUUCCCUUAGAACCAAAGCUUCUCCCUGCUCGUAGAACAACUAAUGUGACCGCUACUGCCGGUCUUAUGAGCGGAAAAUUGAUUUCUGAUGACACCUUUAUAGAAGAUAUUGAAGAUGGUUCUUUCAAUUUGACAGCAAAAGCAACACUUCAUGGGAAGGUUCAUUUAAUCAAGGUUUUCAAGAUCAAGGCUACGGUUAAUAUCUUCUGUGAUAUCUUCUUUAACAUAACCUCGUUGUAUACUCAUUCGAACUGCAUAACCAAAAUCAAGGUGUGAUUAUCGUAAUUUUAA